UCUCCCAGAGUAUUGGAGGCAGCAUCGAUCAUCCAAUCAACAAGUGCAGCAGCCGCUAGCUCGCGAGCUAGCUUCACGACAUAUACGUAGACAGCGUGGUUCGUUCUUGUAGUAGCGGCUUGCGCCGUUGCACGUGUGGGGUAGCUGCAUCAUGCGCGGCGCCAUGGCUUGUUUCAUGAAGGCCGUUGUGUUUGGCGCCGCCGUGCUGGCUGCAUUUGCUCUUGCGGCGGAGGGCCGCGCCGCCCGGAAGGACCUGGGACUGGGCCUCAACCUCGGCGGGGGUGGCGGUGGAGGCCUCGGAGUUGGCACCGGCGGCGGCUUGGGGGUCGGGACCGGUGGCGGCGUCGGGAUCGGCUCAGGGAUCGGCGUCGGCGUCGGAGGUGGCGGCUCUGGCUCUGGCUCUGGCUCAGGGUCUUACUCAGGCUCCGGCUCUGGGUCGGCCUCCGGGUCAGGUUCCGGCUCAUCGUCGGCAGGGUCAGGCGCAGGUUCCUACGCGGAGUCAGGCGCCGGCUCGAACGCAGGGUCCGGCGGCGCAGGGUCGCACGCCGGUUCCAGCGCCGGCUCGUACGCGGGCUCCAACGCUGGGAACGGAGGGUCCGGCGCGGGCUCGUAUGCCGGCUCCGAAGCAGGCUCCUACGCAGGGUCCGGCGCUGGUCCGCAUGGAGGCUCCGGGGCCGGCUCGUACGCGGGGUCCAGGGCUGGCUCCUACGCUGGCGGCGGCCAUGGCAAGUGAGCUCGCCAACAAGACCGAAAUGCUAUGUUAUGUACUGUAACAAAAUAUGGUAUGCUGUGAUGUUUACUGGCCUAUAUAUGUUUGGAUCACCUCCAUGCAAUGUAUCGUAUAAAUAAGUGUGUAGGUGGUGGACGAUGAAUAAGGUAUAGAUUUACUCGGAUCAAUAAUUCAGCAUAUAUGAAGAUUGAUUUGGUGUAUGGAACA